CUCCCAGCCCCCACCUCGCCAGUAGGACCGGAGGCUCAGAGGGGCGGCUUCAGGGAAGCAGGAAAGCCUGCCGGUCCGGCAGAGCCCAGCUGGCUCUCCUCACCCGGUGGGGGUCCCUCCGCAGGCCCCGCCGCUGCCCCUGCACAGCCCCGGAGGCGCGUGCGUGCCCAGGAGGACCCCUUGGCCUCGGCGGUGUCGUCCCAGCCAGAUGUGGGGGGCGGCCGCUCAGAGGCAUGCCCCCCGCCCGACCACGCCGCCGCCACCUCCUCCUGCUGCUGCUGCUGGCCUGUCAGCCACAGGUCCCCCUCGCCCAGGUGAUGGACUUCCUGUUUGAGAAGUGGAAGCUGUACGGCGACCAGUGUCUCUACAACCUGAGCCUGCUGCCCCCCCCCACCGAGCUGGUCUGUAAUAGGACCUUCGAUAAGUACUCCUGCUGGCCAGACACCCCUCCCAACACCACGGCCAGCACCUCCUGCCCCUGGUACCUGCCCUGGCACCACAAAGUGCAGCACCGCCUCGUCUUCAAGAAGUGUGGGCCCGACGGGCAGUGGGUGCGCGGGCCCCGGGGGCAGCCGUGGCGAAAUGCUUCUCAGUGCCAGAUGGACGACGAGGAGAUUGAGGUCCAGAAGGACGUGGCCAAGAUGUACAGCAGCUUCCAGGUGAUGUACACGGUCGGGUACUCUCUCUCCCUGGGGGCCCUGCUCCUGGCCCUCGCCACCCUGCUGGGCCUCAGGAAGCUGCACUGCACGCGAAACUACAUCCACGCGAACCUGUUCGCGUCCUUCGUGCUCAAGGCCAGUUCCGUGCUGGUCAUCGACACGCUGCUCAAGACCCGCUACAGCCAGAAGAUCGGUGACGACCUCAGCGUGAGCCUCUGGCUGAGUGACGGGGCGGUGGCCGGCUGCCGGGUGGCCGCGGUGUUCAUGCAGUACGGCGUCGUGGCCAACUACUGCUGGCUGCUGGCGGAGGGCGUGUACCUGUACAGCCUGCUGGGCCUCGCCGCCUUCCCGGACAGGAGCUGCUUCGCCCUCUACCUGGGCAUCGGCUGGGGCGCCCCCGUGCUCUUCGUCGUCCCCUGGGCAGUGGUCAAGUGUCUGUUCGAGAACGUCCAGUGCUGGACUAGCAACGGCAACAUGGGCUUCUGGUGGAUCCUGCGCUUCCCUGUCUUCCUGGCAACCCUGAUCAACUUCUUCAUCUUCAUCCGCGUCCUUCUCAUCCUCGUGGCCAAACUGCGAGCCCGCCAGAUGCGCUACACUGACUACAAGUUCCGGGCUUGCUGGUGGCUGUUCUGUACUGUUUCCUCAACAAGGAGGUGCAGUCGGAGCUGCUGCGGCGCUGGCACCGCUGGCACGUGGGCAACUCGCUGCGGGCGCAGCGCCACGUGCGCGGGCCCUCGGCCUCAGCCCGGCCCGGGGGCGGCCCCCCCGGCGAGAAGCCACUGCUCUCCAGGGGCGGAGGCGGCAGCAACGGGGCCAGCCAGGACCCCUCUGCAGAGACCUGCCUGGUCAGCAGCCUCCCUGGGGCAGUUGAGAGCCCCUUCUAAAGGCCCCUGGGGCCCCGGUGGAGACCGGAGUCGGGCGCCAAGAGAGGGCACCUGCUGGACAACCCAGAACCCAGGCCGGAGGGGCAGGAGCCAGACAGUGGCCCCACCGCCCCCCUGCCCCCCAGUGUCCUGGUCUGAGGAGUGGGGCCUCCCUUCUACACGCCUGCCCUGUGCUGCAGAGUGGGGGGCGGGGUCCGAGGGGAAGCUGCUCUGUGAGUGCCUUGCAGGUGUCCCUGGUGCUUAGGGACGUGUCUCCUCCAACAAUAAAGAGUCUGAGCAGCGGCUGCA